AUGCGGCUUCUCCUCGUGUUCCUGAUGCUCCUCGGCUCUCAGGCGGUCACCGCCCGCCGCCACCAAGCCCGCGAGAUGAAGAAGAAAGACAGGGAGCUCCCGGCGGGCGGGGACUUGGCCUUCAACCUCUACCGGGCCCUGGACGCUGCCACCCCGGCCCAGAACCUCUUCUUCUCCCCGCUGAGCGUCUCCAUGAGCCUGGCCAUGCUCUCCCUGGGGGCUCGGUCCCACACGAAGGCGCAGCUCCUGGCGGGCCUGGGCCAUAGCCUCCAUGAGGGCACCGAGGAGGAGCUGCACGAAAGCUUCCAGCAUCUCCUGUAUGCCAUCCACUACCCCACAAAUGGCUUCCAGCUGAGCCUCGGCAAUGUGCUGUUCACCCAUCCCGAGGUGCACGUCCAGGACGCCUUCCUGAACGCCAUGAAGACCCUGUACCUGGCAGACUCUUUUCCCACCAACUUCGGGGACCCCGCCGGCGCCCAGAAACAGAUCAAUGAUUACGUGGCCAGGCAGACCAAGGGCAAGAUUGUGGACCUGAUCAAGAACCUUGACGGCACCCAGAUCAUGGUCAUGGUGAAUUACAUCUUCUUUAAAGCGAAGUGGGAGACGGGCUUCAACCCCCAAAACACCCGAGAGCAGGACUUCCACGUGGCCCCGGGGACGGUGGUGCAGGUGCCCAUGAUGAACCGGGAGGACCACUACCUGUACUUCGUGGACCGGGACCUCUCCUGCAAGGUGGUGGGGAUCCCCUACCACGGCAACGCCACCGCCCUGUUCGUCCUGCCCAGCGAGGGAAAGAUGGCGCAGGUGGAGAGCGGACUGAGCGGGGCGACGCUCUGGAGGUGGUUGACGAUGCCCCUCACCAGGCAGCUCGACCUCUACCUGCCCAGAUUCUCCAUCGAGGGGUCUUACCAGCUGGAGAAGGUCCUGCCCAGGCUGGGGAUCAGUGAGGUGUUCACAUCCCACGCCAACCUGUCGGGGAUCAGUGGCUACGCCAACAUCCAGGUGUCAGAGAUGGUGCACAAAGCCGUGGUGGAGGUGGACGAGUCGGGCACCGAGGCGGCCGCGGCCUCGGGGGCGGUCUUCACGUUCCGGUCGGCCCGCCAGAGCCCUUCCAGGGUGGUGUUCAACAGGCCUUUCCUGAUGCUCAUAGUGGAGGGCAGGAAGAACAUCCUCUUCCUGGGCAAAGUGGUCCGGCCCUGA